AUGGAGACGGACGGGCAGCAGCUCGACGACUUCUACAGGCACCACCAGUUCAAGCCUUCCAAGGAGGAGGCCGUGACCUACUUCCUGCCGCGCCUCCUCGCCGGCACGCCGCUGCCGCACGGCGCCGACAGCCUCAUCCGCCACGCCGACGUCUACGCCUGCGAGCCCAGGGACCUCGCCGCCCAGUUCGCGCCCGUGCCUAACGCCGCCAGCACCGGCGACCGCUUCUUCUUCACGACCUGCAGGCGCAAGAGCGGGAACGACGCCCGGGUCGUGCGCCGCGCCGGGGCCGGCACCUGGGCCGUCCAGACCACCGAGGACGUCUACCACGAGGGGGCCAAGGUCGGCGAGGCCAAGCACCUGUCCUUCAAGAAGGGCAAGACCACCACCGGAUGGGUCAUGAAGGAGUACCGCUGCCUGCGUCCUGAGGCCGUCGUCGCCGGCGGGGAGAUGGUGCUCUGCAAGAUCCAUCUCGCUCAGCACGCGCCCGCCGCCGCCCGCCAAGAAUCCGACGCGUACAAGAUGCUUCGUCAAGAACCAGCAGAGCCUACACCCACGCCACAAUCGCACAAGAGGCCAGCGCCUGCUGCCGCGGCCGCCGGUCCGCCCUGCUCCAAGAAGAUGCGGAUGGCAGCCCCCGUCCCGGAACCUGAGUGCCCGGUCACGCCUGCCGCGAGCACGCACGCACAGAAGUCUCAGAAGCUGUACGGCGUUCCCGUCCCAGCACCCGAGGAGAUGGAGUACGAUGAUUGUCCGGUGUGGUUCACGUCCGCCGCACCCGUUUCCUUGCCGGCUGCGUUCACGGAGGUGCCCCACGCGCCUGAAGCUGACGGCGACACGGGCCGGUUUUCUUGCACCAUGGAAGAGCUUCUCGGGCUACAGCAACCACAGGAGCAAACUCUCCCCGUGGCCGUGGAAGAUGAGGACUUCGACUGGGACUCACUAGACAGGGAAUCAGAAGUGCACCUGCUGCUCAAGCCUUGGGAUGAUGAUGAUGGCUGGGAAUCAGCGGCACAAGAGGAGCAAACUCCCCCGGUCGAGGCGGAGAAGAACAACAUCCAACAGGUCGACACACACCAGCCUGCGCCAUCAGCUAGCUGGGAGCUUCCAGAGGACCUGCGAAACCUCUUGGCUGAUCACGACGACCAAGAAGCACUGCUCUACAUGGGGUGCAGCUACAACACCGUAGCGGCGGCCUGCCUUCACGCUCCAUCGCUUCAGGGAUUCUUCUCGUUUGGAGCUGUCAAUUAG